AGUAAGGAGAGGACUGGACAGAGGAGGAGGGGAAAACAGAGAGGUGGGCGGCGCACUAGUUUGUCUCUCUCUCUUCCUCUCUCUCUCGCUCUCUCUCUGCCGGGUCAGGAUGGAAAGGCUUUACACAGGCAGGGGAGGAAGCAUGCCAUGAGAGGUGAUGACACAGCCACGGAGACGUAUCCACAUCCUCGCUGAAGUUCGCCGCUGCUUUUUGCUUCUGCAUCCCACAGAGGAGAAGAGCCAAAGAUAGCUGCCAUUCUCCUCUCUCCACCUCUCUCUCUCUCUUCUUUUUUUUCACUUUUGUUUGUGGAUGAUGGGAAUUUAAUCAUGUGGAAGACAGCUGAGCGGCUCUUCUGGAUUUCGCUGACGCUGCGCCUGGUCCCGCCUGGCCUUUUCUGAGCAGGAUGGACACUCUGGAGUCAGAGCUGACCUGCCCAAUCUGCCUGGAGCUCUUUGAAGACCCGCUGCUGCUCCCCUGCGCCCACAGCCUGUGCUUCGGCUGCGCCCAUCGCAUCCUCGUCUCCCACUGCACCACCAACGAAUCCGUUCAGAGCAUCGGCGCCUUCCAGUGCCCUACCUGUAGAUAUGUCAUUUCCCUGAGUCCGGAGCGUGGACUCGAAGGACUCAAGAGAAACGUGACCUUGCAGAACAUUAUCGAUAGAGUUCAGCGGGCCUCAUCUUCCGCCGGGCUGCCUCUACCGCUACCUGCCCCCCACAGUGGGCCCAACUCCCCCGGAGAGGAAGGGAGCAACCGGUUGGCGCUGGUCCCCGUCAGCGCCGCCAUGUCCAGUCCUGGCACGCCUCCAGAGCCGGUCCAGUGCCAGUUCUGCGAGCAGGACCCGCCUCAGGACGCCGUUAAGACAUGUGUGACGUGCGAGGUGUCGUACUGCGAGGAAUGCCUCAGAGCGACUCACCCGAACAAGAAGCCGUUCACCGGGCACCGACUCAUCGAGCCGAUGCCCGACUCCCACCUCAGGGGGCUCCAGUGCCUGGAGCACGAGGAGGAGAAGGUGAACAUGUACUGUGUCACUGAUGAUCAGCUGAUCUGCUCAUUAUGCAAACUGGUUGGAAGGCACAGGGACCACCAAGUGGCAGCACUGAGCGACCGCUAUGAAAAACUCAGGCAAGCCCUGGACUCCAACCUGAGCAAUUUGAUCAAGAGAAACAACGAGUUGGAGUCUCUUAUGGGGAAACUGAUCCAGACUUGUCAACAUGUCGAGGUGAACGCAUCCCGUCAGGAGGGCAAGCUCUUGGAGGAGUGCGAUGUCCUGAUUGACAUUAUUCAGCAGAGGAGGCAGAUCAUUGGCAGCAAGAUCAAAGAGGGGAAGACGCAGCGGCUUCGGAAGCUCGCCCAGCAGAUCUCCAACUGCAAGCAGUGCAUAGAGAGGUCGUCAGCUCUCAUCACGCAGGCCGAUCAGACGCUGAAAGAAACCGAUCACGCUCGCUUCCUGCAGACGGCCAAGAGCAUCAAUGAGAGGGUUUCCAUGGCGACUGCAUCAACCCAAGUGCUGAUCCCUGAGAUACACUUAACUGACACAUUUGACACCUUUGCUCUGGACUUCACCAGAGAGAAGAAGUUGCUGGAGAAUCUGGAUUACCUCACUGCUCCGAGUGCUCCAUGCAUAAGGGAAGAGCUGUGCACAGCUUCCUACGACACCAUCACUGUCCACUGGACAUCUGAUGAUGAGUUCACGGUGGUGUCCUAUGAGCUCCAGUACGCCAUCUUCACGGGACAGUCCAACAUUGCCAGUCUGUGCAACUCUUUGGAAAGUUGGAUGAUUGUACCCAACAUCAAGCAGAACCACUACACGGUGCACGGUCUACAGAGCGGCACCAAGUAUAUCUUUGUUGUCAAGGCCAUUAACCAAGCGGGAAGCAGGAGCAGCGAACCGGGGACUCUGAAGACCAACAGCCAACCGUUCAAGCUUGACCCCAAAUCUGCUCAUAAGAAGCUCAAGGUGUCCCAUGAUAACCUGACAGUGGAACGAGAUGAAACCACGUCCAAGAAAGGUCACAGCCAGGAGAGGUUCACCAGCCAGAGCAGCUAUGGCGUGGUGGGAAACGUCUAUAUCGACAGUGGGCGUCACUACUGGGAGGCUCUGAUUGGAGGGAGCACAUGGUACGCGGUAGGUAUCGCCUACAAAUCAGCCCCUAAACACGAGUGGAUCGGCAAGAACUCGGCCUCUUGGGUGCUCUGCCGCUGCAACAACUCCUGGGUGGUUCGCCACAACAGCAAGGAGAUGGCCAUUGAGCCGUCGCCCCACCUGCGACGCGUCGGCGUCCUGUUGGAUUACGACGCCGGGUACCUGACCUUCUACGAUGCCGUGGGCUCCCAGCAUCUUCACACGUUUCACGUCUCCUUCGUCCAGCCCGUGUGUCCGGUGUUCAACGUCUGGAACAAGUGUCUGACCAUUCUCACCGGUCUACCCAUCCCCGAUCAUUUAGAGGGACUGGAACCCAACAACUGAACACUACAGAUAGACAAGAAUAGCCGAGCACUAUCUUAAAGCUGCACCGGGAAACAGUUGUGAAAAUGCUCAUCUCUGGAAAGAGAACAGAGGAGUGAUCCACCAUCUUAAAUUCAUACCGAUAUGCUCUAUUUACUCAAAUUAAAUUCGGUUCAUGUGCACUUUUGCACCCAGAGGCGAUGACAAAACAGUGAAAUAUAAACUGUCUCCUCUCAUUCUCAUCUAAAAUAAGCUGGACUCACCACUGCUCUUCUUUUCCCAUUUGUUUUUUUUAAUACAUGCCAUAGCAGACUGGCGAGUAUCCCAGUAAAUCACUUUUGCGAGCAUUUAUGCGAAGUGACCUCGUGCAGCUUUAAUGUGCAAAAAAAGCGAGGGGUGUUAUUUUCUCAUGCUUUUAAAAUGUGUUUUUCAUUUCAUUAUGAUUUCUAAAUGCAAAUAUGAUGUGUUAGACUGUAAAAGACCUAGUGGAAACCCCGUCUAGAUGGUUAAUUAUAAACUGGAGUCAGUCCUGGACAGAGUUCUAGACAUUCCUACUCUUAGGCACUUUGGUCGACAAUGGGCAUAUUUGUACCAACUAGGAAACAAGCCACGAAUCAAUUGAGAAUUUUCCUUAUUUUGUCAGAUAUAGCACUUUGAAAAUCCCCAAACACACUGCAUACAAAAUCAGUCGAUUGCUGGAAAGAGCAGAAUAACAGAUGUAUAUUUUGUAAAGUCUUUGCAUUCCUCAGCUUUCCCUCCUGAUUCAUAAAAAAGGAACCAAAGUAGCCAUUGCUGUCUGUUCAAGAUGCUCUACAAUAACUAAUUAUUUUUAAGACGUGACAAAGAGAAAAGCUAAUAAUAAAUGCAGGAUUCCCUUAAAUGUAGACCUUGUUUUUGCACAUACUUUAUUCACGGUUUCAUAGCCUAAAGUCAUUUCAGUGCAAUUAACAUGCGUUCAUAUUGGGAAAGUGUCAUGUUUUUUUGACUUAUUGUGUUUUUUUCCAAGUCCUGUCAUGAUGAUUUUAUGUGCUGCAUAAUUUGUGUUACAGUCAUAGCCAGAAGUUGUAACUGAAGAUAAAAACGCACACUUGGGUGUCAUUUUUCUCUCACUUUUCUGCAACAUAUGGACGUACAGUGAGACACAUCUGCACAGCCGUACCAGUACACCACAGUCAUUUGUUUGCUUUUAAUUAAGAUGAAAAUGUUCCAUUUUUACAUGCUGUUUUAACACUUUGGUCCUAUUUCAUCGAGUUGAGUUGCUCUAUGAAAUCACACUUCACUUUAUUCAAGCCCAUGCACACAGGGGGGCUGUUUUCAGACUUGUUGCACAAUGAUGAUGUCAAUGGAGCGCACUUCAUUAAAAAAAAAAUCAGUCAAUGGCUAAAUCUUGAAUUGAAUUUUCCUUAAUUUUUCCUGCUUAAAUGAGAUUUAGCCAAUGAUUCUGAAAGGAUAAGGGUAUCCUCUAAAGGGAUACAGUCAAGUUAAAGCAUUUAGAUUUGUUCUAUAUGUAAUAAUUAACAAAAAUAGCGCUCCUCAGUGUAAAUAUAGAGAUCUGCUUGUUUCUCAGUAAGAUUUGGUUCGAUAUCAAUUACACUUCUGUUGUUUUUUUUAAUUCUGUGUUUUCUUGGCAAUACAUCAAACUGUGUGUUUCAUUGUAUCUGAUACAUAGUGCUUAAUUUAAUGUUUCCAUUUAUGACCAUGGUGUUACAUGUUCUGUCUCUGUGGACAUUUUUAUGGGGAAAAAAAGAAACAAAAAAAAAACAGGAUUCUUGCAUCACUGUUGUCUGAGAUAAGUCUAUGAGAAAGUGAAAAAUAAACAGUGUUCCUUUUCACAUUAAA